CGAUCCCAUCCUGCAAUCACGACUGCUUCCUCGGUUGAUCCGAUUCCGUGAUCAGAGGGCAGGUGUCUCGCACUUGUUGCUUUUACUCCCCCUCUGGGAUGACUUGCUCCGAGUAGAACCGCAUUAUGGCCCUGUGCCUGUCCAGCCGUUCUGCCCUGUGUUGCCGGAAGUUCGCAGUCUCCCCUCAUGGGGAGAAGGUAGGAUUGAUGGAAGUCUCGUUGCGGGCCACUGGUCGUCGUAAGACCGGUACCAGGCAGUUUUCGCAGUCCUGGAAACAGUAUCAACAUCAAAACUCCCACGAAAACCCUUCCCCUCGAAGCACCUUUGGCUCCCGACUCCGUUUUGCCCUGCGGAACACCAAAGUCGAAUGGUAUCCCAUCCCCGUCGGUCUCGGUAUCGGCUUGCUUGGCUUGCUACAGUUUUACAAGGCCCAGCGGGCGGAACGUGAACGUGCAGAAAGAGAAGCUGCCGGCGAGACUUUUGAUUUCGAAAAAGCUCCUCCCCGACCAAAGCACCGACUGAGCGGACCAUGGCAGGUCCAGAUUAUGUCUACCCUGCCGCUCAAGGCCAUGUCGCGGCUUUGGGGACGGUUCAAUGAGAUUGAGCUGCCUUAUUAUUUCCGUGUUCCAGGAUUCAAGCUCUACUCUUGGGUCUUUGGUGUCAACCUGGACGAGGUUGCGGAACCAGACCUUCAUACCUAUCCCAACCUGGCGGCCUUCUUCUAUCGCAAACUGAAACCGGGUGUUCGGCCUCUGGACCCUGACACUCGCGCUGUUCUCGCACCCUCCGAUGGACGUAUCCUACAAUUUGGAUUGAUUGAACGUGGUGAGGUCGAACAGGUCAAGGGCGUCACAUACAGCUUGGAUGCCCUGUUGGGUGCCGCGACCCCGAACCAUGCAGACCACACGGAUAAGUUCACAGACCACCAGAGCGAGCCGGCUCAUGGAACCGAAGCAAAAAUGCUGGCGGACGCGGAGUUCGCCAAAAUGAACGGCAUCUCAUAUACGCUUCCCACGCUCCUUGCAGGAGACCAGGGUGGCGCCCGGAAGCGUUCUGCAUCCAUUGAUGCGUCCACCCCAUACAAGGCCUCUGCCGAAGCCGAAGUCAAGGCUGAUCUGGCUCGAGGGGAUGGUGCGCCAUGGUACGCCCCGAAGCCGACGUCCAACAAUGCUCUCUACUAUGUCGUGAUCUACCUUGCUCCGGGCGAUUACCACCGUUUCCAUUCGCCAGUGCCGUGGGUGGUGCAGAGUCGCCGACACUUUGCGGGUGAACUGUUCUCGGUGUCCCCGUACCUGCAGCGCCACCUACCAGGUCUCUUCACCCUCAACGAGCGUGUCGUGCUGCUGGGCCGCUGGCGUUGGGGUUUCUUCAGCUAUACCCCUGUGGGUGCCACGAACGUUGGCUCGAUCAAGGUGAACUUUGACGCAGAGCUGCGGACCAACAGCCUUACGACGGACACCGCGGCCGACAUGGCAGCCGCCGCUGCGGCCAAGCGUGGUGAGCAGUAUCCUGGAUUUGUUGAGGCCACUUACCUCCACGCCAGCCAAACCCUGGGAGGUCACCCUCUGCAGCGUGGUGAGGAAAUGGGCGGAUUCCAACUUGGUAGCUCAAUCGUGCUGGUGUUCGAGGCGCCGGUGGGCACCCGUAAGUCAUUCGACGCGGGCUGGGAAGAGGGCCGACGCGAGGGAGGAUUCAACUGGACCAUUGAGAAGGGACAGCGCAUUAAGAUGGGAGAGAAACUCGGAUUCGUUGACGUUGAACAUUAGAGGGGGACAUGAGUGGGAAUUUACCACCAAAAAAGCCAUAUUAGAACAAUUUGUGCACCACCGGACCAAGAUCCGAGGCGCUUGCUUAUGUAUCAUACAUUUUUUUCUGUACAUCUCAGCUAUUAGCUGAUCUAAUAACUAAACAGUCCCCAUCUCA